GUUUGUAGGAAAAAAUAACACAAAAUGUCUGACAGAAAGUGGGUAACCGAACCUGAUGUCUACGUAUGUCCACUGUCAAAGGAAACUCAGGAAAUCGCCAGGGAGGAGCUGAGGGAAGAAGAAAACUCCAGGGCUUCCGCUUUGGAAUCAAUGCGGGAAUGGAUUAAACAAAACCCAAAGAUUAAAAAUUGCAGAAUGGAUUCUCGUUUUCUAUUGCGCUUCUUGAGAUUCAAGAAAUUCAGCGUUGUGCAAGCCCAAGAAGCACUGGAAAGAUACGUCUUGCUCCGGCAAACUUUUGGUGUUGCCUUCAAUUGCCUGGACAUGACUAUUCCGAUGAUGCAAGACCUCACCGAUUUGGGUUAUAUGUUCGCCUGUCCUAAAAGGGACAGCCAAGGACGUAGGGUAAUUGUAACCCGCCCUGGCGUUUUUGAUUUGGAGAAAUUUACAAAUGCCGACAUGUGCCGCAUCCAUGGAAUAGUGUAUGAAACUCUAAUGGAAGACGAGGAGAACCAAGUACGAGGCUUUGUCCAUUUUGCAGAUGGAAGUGGAGUAGGAUUUGCUUAUUUGACGUUGUUUACUAUCAGAGAAGCUGUUCGUAUAGUUAAAAAUGGCGAGAAAACCCUUCCCAUGAGACACAAGGAAAUUCAUGGCUUCAACGUGCAUCCCUCCAUGAAGUUUGUCCUAGACUGGGGUAUGACUUUGAUUUCUGAGAAAAUCAAAACAAGAGUAAGACUGUACAACAACGUAGAAGAAGCUCUGGAAGCUGGAUACGUUGAAAAGGAUAUUUUGCCUAAAGAAUAUGGCGGUACAAUGCCCAUGUCUGAAAUGAUACAACUGUGGAAAGAAGAACUGAAGAAAUCGCACCCCAUUCUAAUGUCCCACGACGAGAUGGCCGUAAACGAGGAAUUGUUCAGCCGCAGGGAGAAAGAGGGCGCCGUGUCCGCCCUCAGGCGUCAGGGGGUGUCCUGUGGCUCGGAGAAAGACGGCCUCUGUGGCGUGACGGGCAACUUCAGGAAGCUGGAGGUCGACUGAAAGCAGAUAAAGUUUAUCGGGGAAGAGUAAACAUCGGAGUUGUGCUUUAGCUUGUAAACCUUUUUUUAUUCUUUUCUGUUAUGUUGAUUUAUCUUUACAGGUUUUAGGGCGUGUUUGUAGAUGUUUCACUUGUUUCAAGCACCAAUUAAUGCUUAAAAGGUUUUAAAAAGUGUGUUCAUAUCGUAGUUAUUAUGAAUUAUCAUGAGCAUUGAUGUAUUUUCGUAUCAUAAGCUAUGCUAUUUUUUUUAUUGAAUAUAGAGACAUUUUAUCUUGCCAAUUUUUCUUAAAAUGAAAAAUUUUGAAUCUAUAAUUUCUAAAGCUGGAAUUUUAGGUGCAUUUAAAACCCACUGUUACUCUUAAGAAUUUUCAAAGUAUUAUUAGAGUUAAAGUAACAUUAUGUAUGCUAGUAUGUGUAGUGGGAUAGUUGUUGGUAUAUUUUUAAGUUCUUUCUAAAUCUAUUAUUUUGUUAACUGUGAUUGGUGAUGUUAUAACCAUUUUAGAUAUAAGUUUAUCUUAUAUAUAAGAUUAUUUGUUGAAUUGUAUCACAAAAAUUAUCUUACAAAUUUAGAGAUUUAGUAAUUUCUGAGACAAUUUUCAUGUAGUUAUUAAGUGUUUCUUUUGUUUAUAAAUCUAAUAGUUUAAGUGUUUGUAUUGCACCCAUUACAUUGAAAUAGUCUUCCAAUAAAGAUUUUUUAUAAUA